AUGCAAGUUAUAUAUUUGGAAAUUUUGAAAAAUUUUAGAAAUUAUCCAACAGAUUUUUCAUUCAUUUUAGCAUUAACACCAGCAGUCUGGACUAUUGGUACUUACUAUUCAGCUAUUCAUUGGGCUGAAGAAGUUAGGAAUGCUCAAAGAGCAAUUCCAUGGGAUAUAUUACGAACUAUUACUGCCUGUUGGGUUAUUGGUUGGUUUAUUUGUAAUGUAUUUGCUGCUUGUAUUAAAGAUGGUGAUGUUUAUAGAAUGAUUACAACAGAAACUGGUUCUCCAGUAUCACAAUUAAUUUAUGAUUCAUUGGGUAAACAAUGGGCUAUUGCAUUGAUGAGUUUAAUUGCAUUUGGUCAAAUGUUAAUGGCUAUAUCAAUUUUGAUCGCACUUUCAAGACAAGUUUGGUCAUUUGCAAGAGAUGAUGGAUUACCAAUGGUUUACAGAUAUGUUAAAUAUAUUGAUCCAAGAAUAAAAGUUCCAAUUAGAGCUUCAAUGCUGGUGUUUUAUCAGUUGCAAUUGGAAUGUUAA